GGGGGCAACAAGUUGACAAAGUUCUGACUGGAGCUCUGCUCUUUCUUUUCCUACUUCUGUAAGCUGGACGAGUGGGUGAAAGUAUCAGAGGACGGGGUCACUGACUGAGUCUGAACGUUUGUAGCCAGGGAGACAGAAAGCCUCCUCUUGAGACUUUAAGAACUUUACUGGCAGGAUAAUAAGAAGAACUCUGAUCUUUUCCAUACAAGCACAUGGACAGAAGCAACUAUUGUUUGUUCUGGAUGGAUUGAAUAAUUGCUUGUUACGAGGAGAAGCAGGAACAAAGCAGAGAAGGGAAACAUCUGGAUGGAAGAGCAACCAGAAGAGGAGAGAAGAGUGAAGGAAACAUGUGCUCUCUCUGAAGAAGACCCGAUCCUGAGAUGGGACGCAUGCUGGGCCUGAUGCUGGUCUACCUGGUCCACCUUGUAGCUGGCUCCGAGCGCCAGCAGCACCAGGUGCAGCACGGCCCCUGCCGCUAUACUUUCAUCCUCCCCGAGGUGGAACUUUGCCAGCCUCACAAAAACUUUGAGGUCUCGAACACGCUCCAGGGGGACUCCCCAGCCCAAGUUAAAUCUAAUCGCGGCAGGAACCAGAAGAGCAGAUCCUCUUGGCAGGAAAUUAAGAAUCUGGAAAGUGCCACUGAGAAUAAUACCCUGUGGCUGCAGAAGCUGGAGAAUUUCAUCCAAGAGAACGUUCGCUCCGGCGUGGAAGAACUCAAAAGAACCGCCGUGCACACCCAAACGGCCGCCAUGUUGGAAAUGGGAACCAACCUUCUAAGCCAGUCAGCGGAGCAGACUCGAAAACUGACUGAUGUUGAAACUCAGGUAUUAAACCAGACGAGUCGCCUGGAGAUCCAACUACUUGAGUAUUCACUUUUUACCAACCGUCUGGAGAAGCUCAUCCUCCUGCAGACUCAGGAGAUCUCACGUCUCGGUGACAAAAACAGUGAUCUCGAACAAAGACUUUUGGCACUGGAGGCUCGUUACGAGACGGAGCUGGAGAGCUCGCAAGGAGAAAAGCAGCAGUUGCGGGAAAUGAUGCAAAGGCAGAGCCGAUUAGUCGGCCAGCUCCAGGUCCAACUGGGUGCUGCAACUUUUAACAAUACCUUGAUGCAAAAACAACAAGCUCGUCUCACGGACACGGUCGAGCAACUACUAAACCACUGCAAUGAAAUUUCCAAUUUCCCCAAACAUGAGCCACCUAGUUUCAGGGAUUGUGCCGAGAUUCUACAAUCAGGACAAAGAUCGAGCGGGAUAUACAACAUACAUCUCGCAAACUCCUCCCACUCCAUCAAGGUUUUCUGUGACAUGGAGACCAGAGGUGGAGGGUGGACCGUGUUCCAACAUCGUCGAAACGGCUCCGUUGAUUUCCAUCGCGAAUGGAAGGACUAUAAAUUGGGAUUUGGAGAGCCUUCUGGGGAACAUUGGCUGGGAAAUGACAUCAUCCAUAAACUGACCAUAUCCGGGGAAUAUAGCCUACAUGUCCAGUUGAAGGACCGAGAGGAAAACGAGGCUUACUCACAUUAUCAGCGCUUCUACAUAGAGGGGGAGGAGCAUUAUUACAGCCUUCACGUUGAGGGGUUCAGCGGGACGGCCGGGCGGACAGACAGCAUGGCACACAGCGGUACCCAAUUCAGCACCAAGGACAGAGACAAUGACCGCUGUACCUGCAAAUGUGCACAGCUGGCGUCUGGAGGUUGGUGGUUUGAGGCUUGUGGACCUUCCAACCUGAAUGGAAUGCAUUAUCCCAGCUCAUCCAACGUGGUUCGCUACAACGGAAUAAAGUGGUACUAUUGGAAAGGACCGAAUCUGAUGGCUACCAUGGCGACCAUGAUGGUGCGCCCAGCAAACUUCUGACUCUUCAGAUUAUACCAGAUUUCAACAAACAUCAGCUCAAUUGUUGCUCCUCAACUCACUUCAACAAAGUUCCUCAGGCAACUCGAUGGCAUUUAAAACUUUACAAACAGCUUCUGCAAAUUAAAGCAUUCCUUUUCUUUCCUA